AUACAAUUUGUAUGUGUUAAAAACACAAUGUUAAAAAUAUUAAUUGUGGCGUUAGUCCUUUGGGCUGGUGUCAAUUGCGCAAAUGAUGUCAACAAUGAUCUAAGUGACGUUAUUUUAUCUAAUUUUGAAGAUGAUAAAAUAUUGCUUCCCUCCUUAGUAUCUUCUGAGCAUCUUAACAAGAUAAAAUUGUCUAAUGAUGCCGAAGAAGGUGAUUCAAUAGACUCUAGGCCAACAAGACCACCACCAACCAGUAGCAAACGCCCUGGACCACCCGGACCUCCACCAAGCAGACGUCCUAGACCACCAAGCCCUCCACCAAGCAAACGUUCUGGCCGCCCGGACCUUCCACCAAGCAGGCGUCCUAGACCACCAGGCCCUCCACCAAGCAAACGUCCUGGACCACCCGGACCUCCACCAAGCAGACGUCCUAGGCCACCAGGCCCUCCACCAAGCAAACGUCCUGGACCACCCGGACCACCACCAAGCAGACGCCCUAGACCACCAGGCCCACCACCAAGCAAACGUCCUGGACCACCCGGACCUCCACCAAGCAGACGCCCUAGACCACCAGGCCCACCACCAAGCAAACGUCCUGGACCACCCGGACCUCCACCAAGCAGACGCCCUAGGCCACCAGGCCCUCCACCAAGCAGACGUCCUGGACCACCCGGACCCCCACCAAGCAGACGCCCUAGACCACCAGGCCCUCCACCAAGCAGACGUCCUGGACCACCCGGACCCCCACCAAGCAGACGCCCUAGACCACCAGGCCCUCCACCAAGUAAACGUCCUGGACCACCUGGCCCUCCACCAAGCAGACGUCCUAGACCACCAGGCCCUCCACCAAGCAAACGUCCUGGACCACCCGGACCUCCACCAAGCAGACGUCCUAGACCACCAGGCCCUCGACCUAGCAAACGCUCAGUAUCACCAGAUGUGUCCUUUUCUUAGUUUCUAAAUGCAAAACAAUAAAAACUUAACUUAUUAAUACU